UGACUCUGAAAGUCACACUGCACGCCCCUUUCUGACGAAAUGGCAGCACUUCUUCCUCUGCUGCUCGCCCACCUACUCCUCUGCGCCCAUGGCGCCACCGCGUCCUCGGCCGCGACACCGCCGCCUCUCCCGGUCCUGCCCGUCCCGUCUUACGCGCAGCUCCGGUGGCAGCUCUCCGAGAUGGCGCUCUUCCUCCACUUCGGCCCCAAUACCUUCACGGACUCCGAGUGGGGCACCGGCCGCGCCGACCCCUCCGUGUUCGCCCCCUCGGCACUCGACGCGGGCCAGUGGGCGCGCGUCGCGGCGCAGGGCGGGUUCGGCCGCGUCGUGCUCACGGCCAAGCACCACGACGGUUUCUGCCUCUGGCCGUCGGCGCUGACCGACUACUCGGUGGCCGCCUCGCCGUGGCGGGGCGGGGCUGGGGACGUCGUCGCCGACCUCGCCGCAGCCGCGCGCGCGGAGGGGAUCGGGCUGGGGCUGUACCUCUCGCCGUGGGACCGCCAUGAGCCGGUGUACGGGGACACCAUCGCGUACAACGAGCAUUACUUGGGACAGAUGACGGAACUGCUGACCAGGUAUGGAGAUCUAGAGGAAAUUUGGCUAGAUGGUGCAAAGGGCGAUGCCAAGAAGAUGAAUUAUAUGUUUGAUGCCUGGUUUUCACUUAUACAUCAGCUACAACAAAGGGUAGUUAUCUUCUCAGAUGCUGGACCAGACACUAGAUGGGUGGGAGAUGAGGCAGGAGUCGCAGGCUAUACUUGCUGGUCCCCCUUCAACAAGAGUUCCGUGACAAUUGGGCAUACCAUUGCUGAAUACUCACGCAGUGGGGAUCCUUUUGGGCAAGACUGGGUUCCUGCAGAAUGUGAUGUUUCCAUCAGACCAGGUUGGUUCUGGCAUGCCUCAGAGAAACCAAAAAAUGCGACAACUCUGCUUGACAUAUACUACAAAUCAGUUGGUAGAAAUUGUCUCCUCAUUUUGAAUGUCCCUCCCAAUUCAUCUGGCCUCAUUGCCAAUGAAGACAUACUAGUCCUUCAGGAAUUCACUGGGAUUCGGCAUGCAAUUUUCUCGCAAAACUUUGCUGCUAAUGCCACUGUCACAGCAAACAGUGUGCGUGGUGGGCAAGAUAAUCUGCAGUUUGCACCAUCCAAAGUGCUUGAAGAUGGCAUAUACUCCUACUGGGCUCCACAGGAAGGUCAAACCUGCUGGGAAAUGCUCUUCGACCUUGGGCGAUCUACUUCCUUCAACAUGCUCCAGCUCCAGGAGCCUAUACAACUGGGGCAGCGUGUUAUUGAGUUUCAUGUGGCUAUCCUCAUAGAUGAACUAUGGCAAACAAUUGUUGAAGGCACGACAAUCGGAUACAAGAGACUGCUUCUAUUUCCAGUCGUUGAAUCUCGGUACCUGAAGCUUUCCAUCGACAGUGCACGCGCAGAUCCACUUAUCUCGUUCUUUGGUGUCUUCAUGGAUCCCUUCUCGUCCAGACAUAGUUUACAGAAUCAUGUCAAACCACCCCGCACAAACAGUAGCGACGUUACAAUGUUGAGGAUGGCCCAUGCUUCUGUCAACAAGAGUAUUGCCGCAAUGUGGCGCGAGACCUACAACUCCUGGCUCGCCAAGGAGCCCUUCGCGACGCUCAUCCCUCCCCACUGCGAGCACCUCCUCACCGCCGCCUACUCCUUCCUCGUCUCAAAUAGCUACAUCAAUUUCGGCGUCGCCCCAGCCAUCAAGGAGCGAAUACCCAAGGAGCCAACGAGACCCACCACCGUCAUCGUGGUAGGCGCUGGCCUUGCUGGGCUAGCUGCUGCACGGCAGCUGGUGGCGUUCGGGUUCAAAGUGAUCGUCCUGGAAGGUCGCAAAAGGUGUGGUGGCCGUGUGUACACUAAGAAGAUGGAAGGCGGUGGGCGCAUGGCUGCUGCUGACCUUGGCGGCAGCGUGCUUACCGGGACAUUUGGGAACCCGCUAGGAAUUGUGGCGAAGCAACUCGGCUUGCCAAUGCACAAAAUUAGAGACAAGUGUCCACUCUACCGGCCGGAUGGAUCACCAGUUGAUCCAGAGGUGGAUAAGAACGUGGAGAUUACAUUUAACAAGCUUCUUGACAAAUCAAGCAACCUGCGGGCAUCAAUGGGGGAGGUGGCAGUGGAUGUUUCACUUGGGGCGGCUCUAGAGACAUUGCGCCAGGCUGAUGGGGGCGUCUCUACACAGGAGGAGAUGAACUUGUUCAAUUGGCAUCUCGCAAAUCUUGAGUAUGCCAAUGCAGGAUUGCUGUCUAGACUAAGCCUUGCGUUCUGGGAUCAGGAUGAUCCAUAUGACAUGGGUGGGGAUCACUGCUUCUUGCCUGGUGGCAAUGGCAAACUUGUGCAAGCCCUGGCAGAGAAUGUAGCAAUUGUUUACGAGAGGACGGUGCACACUAUAAGGUAUGGAGGGGAUGGGGUGCAGGUGGUUGUCAAUGGAGGGCAGGUGUAUGAAGGGGACAUGGCAUUGUGCACAGUUCCACUUGGGGUUCUGAAAAAUGGAGGCAUCAAGUUUGUACCGGAGUUACCACAGAGGAAGCUUGAUAGUAUCAAGAGGCUUGGUUUCGGAUUGUUGAACAAGGUAUCAAUGUUGUUUCCACAUGUUUUCUGGAGUACUGAUCUUGAUACCUUUGGGCAUCUGGUUGAAGAUCCAAGGCGACGUGGGGAGUUCUUUCUGUUCUAUAGCUAUGCAACAGUGGCUGGUGGUCCAUUGUUGAUGGCCUUGGUUGCUGGUGAAGCUGCCCACAAUUUUGAAACCACGCCACCAACUGAUGCUGUCAGCUCAGUUCUCCAGAUACUAAGAGGUAUCUAUGAACCACAAGGGAUUGAGGUGCCAGACCCUCUACAGAGUGUUUGCACUAGAUGGGGCACUGACUCGUUCAGUCUAGGUUCAUACUCUCAUGUCGCUGUGGGGGCCUCUGGAGAUGACUAUGACAUAUUAGCCGAAAGUGUUGGUGAUGGCCGUCUUUUCUUUGCUGGUGAGGCUACCACGAGGCGUUAUCCAGCAACAAUGCAUGGUGCUUUUAUCAGUGGUUUGCGGGAGGCUGCUAACAUGACACUGCAUGCCAAUGCCCGGGCAGCAAAAAAUAAAGUAGACAAAAGUCCAUCGACAAACACACAGGCGUGUGCUGCUAUAUUAACGGACUUGUUUAGGCAACCAGAUUUGGAGUUUGGAAGCUUCUCCGUUAUUUUUGGAGGAAAAGCUUCUGAUCCAAAAUCCCCAGCUAUUCUAAAGGUGGAAUUAGGUGCGUCACGGAAGAAAAAUGCAGCUGAAGGGGUAAAGACGGAACAGAACCACUCAAACAAAUUGUUGUUUCAGCAGCUCCAGUCACACUUUAACCAGCAACAACAGCUUUAUGUUUACACAUUGCUAUCACGACAGCAAGCUAUGGAGUUAAGGGAGGUCAGAGGAGGCGAUGACAUGAGGUUGCACUACCUCUGUGAAAAACUGGGGGUGAAAUUAGUUGGCAGGAAAGGCCUUGGUCCUGGGGCAGAUGCUGUAAUUGCAUCUAUUAAGGCAGAACGUAACAGAGGUCGAACUAGACCUGGCCCCUCAAAGCUGAAAAAAUCUCUGAAGCCUAAUGUUGCUGCAUCAUGAUCACUGAUUGUUGAUUUCUCUUCGGGCCUGACUGCCUUUAACUGUUGAAGGUGUUUAUUUGGUUGGAGCAUCUGCUAGUAUGUGCCAGCCAAUUUGCAUUGGACAUUUGCCGGUUGUUUUUGGAUAAAGUAGAUUUGGGUGGAUGCUGUAAUUUGCUCCUUUUUUUGGUGCCAGAAGAAGGCAAUUGUAAUGUCACAUCUGAAAUCUGGCUAUCGUGCAUAGCUUACUUAUCUAUGAUGUAAUCGCUAAUUUAAGAAGCAUGUAGGUGGAUGCUCUUUCAUAAUUCCAAGUUGUAAGAGCAAUGUAGCUGGUGUACAAAUAUGUGCUCUUUUUAAACGAAACUGCGAGCCGUGCCGUUUUUCCUUCUU